AUGUUCGGUGCACAGGAGCGCCUUGCAUCUCUCGUAAAGGUGCUAGCGGAAAUGCUAGGGGGAGGUGGAAUGCCAGGGGGGCAUCCUGAAGCAGUUUGUAGCUUGGGGAUGUCUUCAUGGCGGGCGAGGUUGCUCAACCAAAUCAAAAGAUACAACGAGCUAGUCGACGCAACAAAACGACCUCCCGUCGAGCUCGGACAGAGUCUGGGUCCCGAAAUCCCUGGGACUCAGGUCCGGGAGGCCAGCCGGCCGUCUCGACGUCUUGAGGCGGUAGCUGAAGUGUAUUGCGGAGUCGGCGUUGCUGAGCACGCCUCCGCGCACACUGAAGCACAUGAGUCGUGGGAAAAGGACGUCCAGUAUACCCGGCUGGACUACGAGUUCCACCCGAAAGACCCCGCCGCACAAAUUACUCCGACAGCAAUAGAACCAAUUUCAGGAUGGUCAGACAACCUUUAUGGGCCUCUAGGUAUUCUACUUUCAUCACAUUGUGGUAUACUGAGAGUGAUUCGUGGAGAUUAUAAUCUAAAAUCGCAUACGGUACCUGGAGAUAUGUGUAUUAAUGCUCUUCUCUGUUUUGCCUGGGAUCUAGAUAGAAAAUGGAAAUCUGGGAAAAUAUCACCACCUGUCAUGAACUUUUCUGCCAAAAAUACUAAACUGUUAAUACCAAUGAAACAAUACAUCAAGUUGGGAAUGAUCGAUUACGCCCCAUUUAAAAAAGCUAUUUGGUACCAAAUGCUGUUCAUGAUAAAAAACAAAUACGUUUAUGAUUUCAUGAAAUUUCUGUUGCAUACUAUACCUGCGUAUCUGAUUGAUGCAAUGUUGAUUAUAUCCCUGAGAAAGCCAAGAAUGAAGAAGAUUUACUCGCAAGUUGACAAAACUUCUAACGUCCUACAAUAUUUCCUUUUGAGAGAGUGGGGCAUAGAUAAUGACAAUGUGAAAGAGUUAUGGAGUAAACUGAGUACUGAAGAUAGAAUAGUAUUCAACUUUGAUAUCGAUUCCAUUGAUAUUGAAAAUUACUUCAGAAACAUGGCAAUUUGCUUGAAAAAAUUCAUUCUGAAAGAAGAUAUAACUAAACUGGAACUACACAGAAAACGACAUGAUAGAUUGAAAAUUCUGCACUACACUCUGAAAUAUUCGUUGACAGGGCUAGCAAUGUAUUCAAUAUUUAGAGCCGUUACCAGAGUAUCUAAUCGAUAUAAGAAGUGAUUUUACCCACUGUUGUCACCUCAAUACUUCACCUUUCUGCUUCAUGUCAAUAAGAGGGCGAUGAAACGAAAUAAUUUUGAAUGUUAUAAUUACAUGAUGCAUUGAACAAUAUAGUUGUUGGUAAUUGUCGUACUUGU